GUGACGGUCAGCUGACUGUACCCGGAAAAAUCUAUGAAACUUUCAACAACAACACCAGGUUUUUGUGCAGUAAAUUUGAUUUUUCUUUUACUUAUUAUUUGUCAACGAUGGAGUCGACUCUUGAACAACACCUCGACGACACCAUGAAGAAUCCAGCAGUUGUCGGUGUUCUCUGCACGGACCAACAAGGACACAACCUGGGCUGCCGUGGGUCCUUGACUGACGAACACGGUGGUGUUGUGUCCGUUUUGGCCAAGCAAGCUGCAGAUCUCAUCAAAGACCCGACAGACACACCGACCGUGUGCCUGGAGUCUGAGUCAGGAAACAUUCUGGUGAGGAGUCACGGGACCAUCACAGUAGCAGUGCACAAGAUUGCAUCGUGAAGACAACGGGCCCCUCGAAGAGUUUUAUAUUAUAAAUGAAAGGUUGAAUGAAUAUUAGAGAAGUGUACAUCUGAGCACAUGAAAUAUUUCACACAAUCCAAAUGAAUCAGAGAAAAUGAAAACCGGUUUUAUUUAGAUUUGCUGUGUUUGAUAUGAAUACAAACUGCAUAUUUAGGACAAGGCUUUUGUUACUGUUCGUUGUGGAUAAAUCUUGGUGUUAUUUAUAGAACAGCUCGUAUGUUUUAGUGUGUUCAGACGUGUUUAGGCUGCGUUUGUGUUUUGUUGUUAACAUCACUGUUCUUAAAUCACUGAAUAACAACCUUUAAUAAACUUUAACUUGACUUUGAGCCACCC